AUGUUCCUGGUCGUCCUUAAGCACUGUGGGAAAUGGGACGUGGUGGCAAACGUCUUCCGCAUCAAGACGGAAGCAUUUCAAAAGAUGAUCCUUUCGUUUGCGGAGGUUGUGUCUCCGUAUCUCUACGAGAAGUACGUGGUGUCCGCGGUUGGUAAAUUCACGACGGAGGUGCUCGUGCUAGGAGGCAACACGUUCCGUAACUACCCAAGCGCUCGCUACGCCACGGAUGUUACUUUCCAGCAGAGCAACAUGCCGACCGGCCAAAUGAAAGAACGGUGUGCGUACUACAGUGCCAAACAUCAUCUUCACGACUACAAAGUCGAGGUGUCUGAGCUUCCUAAUGGCCUUGCACUCAACUGCACGGCGCAUUACCCUGGCAGUGAAGCGGCUAGCAGAUGA